AUGUCCUUCCAGAGAAAAACAGUGUCUCUUGCAAAUACAGCCAGAGGCGGUUCUCUUCCGGCACGUGGCCCGGAAGGUGUAACUGGAAGACCUAUCCAUCCCGGUACCAGACCCAUUGUACGGCCUGGUGUUGUUCCUCGACCAGGCGCUGGUGCAACAGCAACGCCACUUGCUCUUUCGCGCAAAGAAAUUCUUGCAGCAACCAUGCGUCGCCACGGGGCCGUGCGACCGUCAAUACAGUUAUCUGAUAUUCCAACUGUGUCUACAGGAACCCCUGAUUUGGAUACCCUUCUGGGCCACGGUGGCCUGCCCUUGGGCUCCAUGUUACUAGUUGAGGAGUCUGGAAACACUGACUUUGCAGCAUUGUUGCUGCGCGCGGCUGCCGCCCAGGGUAUAUGCCACGCCCGUCUGACAACCAAAAACACCCCAGACUCGGUGUAUGAUACCCGUGUGAUUGUAGUUGGCGCCGAUGGUCCUACGUGGGGUACAGGGCUGCCUGGCGAGUAUCGCGACAAGAAGCAAGCCAAGCGUGACAAAAUUGAAAAGGAAAAGGGGCUCGUUGGCACCGACAAUAGUAGCAUGAAGAUUGCAUGGAGAUAUGGCCGACAGGCUGCAACUCCAUCAGAAGCUGGGUCUUCUCCAAUCACAGAAAAUAAUCCCCAUUACCAUACCGUGUUUGAUUUUACAUCACGACUAGUGCCUGGUCCUGUGGCUGGUCGUGAGAUUGAGUAUGUUGGCGGUGGAGUCUACUUUGCUCAACCAAGUACUCCGGGAUCCUUUUUGGAUAACCUUUAUAUUCAAAUUGAAGCUGCAGUUUCACGUGCACGUACAGCUGUGGGCCCACACGGUCUGAUUCGUCUUGUAGUUCCAGCUCUGUUACACCCAGCUACGUACCCUCCUGAAGCGUCUGACCCUGCACAGCUUUUACGGUUUCUAUCGAGGCUGAAGGACCUGGUUGGUGCUUCUUCACAAGUUGGGAACUUGGUGGCUUUUGUGUCUCUUGCGCUCGAUCUUUAUCCGCGCGAAACUUACUUAACUUCGUGGACUGAGCAACUAUUUGACGGCGUGAUCCAACUGGAGCCGUUCCCUGAGAAGCUAGGAGAGUCGGAUAAUAGCAAUAACGACGAGAGUUCUGGUGCUUCUAAACCAUACCAAGGUUUGGUUCAUGUAUUCCGAGUACCGGUAUUGAGUGCGCGGGGCGGCAUGCAUGUGCGUGUGGGCGAGCACGCGUUCCGAGUGAGUCGCAAACGAUUUGAGAUUGAUGAGUGGGGCAUUCCUGUGGAGGAUGAGGAACCUGAGGCAAGUUCUGGAGAUAAAACUAAGAAACCUGGGUCUUCUGAGGCUCCGAGUCCCGUUCCAUCUUUGGAUUUCUAG